GACAUCACAUCCCAGACAGAGCACACCAUGGGCGUCCAGGGAUUGACCAGCUUCAUGGAGGAGAAUGGAAACAUUUUAAAAGAUGUUCACCUCAGAAACAGCAAGCUGAUCAUAGAUGGUAGUAAUCUGUUCAAUUUGCUUUAUUUUAACUCACGUUUGGAUCAGAGUCAUGGAGGGGAUUAUGAUGCUUUUGAGGACCAGGUCUGCAAGUUCUUUAAGGCUCUGAGAGACUGCGACAUUGACCCUUUUGUGAUUGUAGAUGGGGGCUCCGACUACACCGACAAGAAGUUUGAAACUCUCAAAAACCGAGCUCAAUCAAGGAUCAAGACUGCCAACGACUUGUCCAUGGGGCUUCAUGGGAGCGGUGGUGUACUACCAACCCUCAUCAAACAUGUCUUCAAACAGAUCCUCAUCAGCCUGAAUGUGCAGUUCGCAAAGUGCAUUUGUGAGGCAGACCAAGAAAUAGCUUCCCUGGCUCGAAGUUGGAACUGUCCAGUGCUGUCCAAUGACAGUGACUUUUAUAUCUUUGACAUCCAGGCAGGAUUUCUGCCCACAUCCCAUUUUCACUGGCAGAAAGUGUCUAUGGACCGCAGGAGCUCACAAAGACACAUCCCCUGCAAGCACUACACCACAACAAGCUUCUGCAGACACUUCAACAUCAACAGAGAGGUUCUCCCAGUCUUUGCCUCCGUGGCAGGAAAUGACUACGUCAAGUUGCAUAACAUGGGUGUUUCCCUCAGGUGGGAAGAAUACUCGUCAAUUGUUGGAAGGUUUGCCCGCUUCGACGGCUUGCUGAAUUGGCUGACCCACUUCCAGGGGCAGGAGGAGGCCUUGGACUCCGUGCUCAGGCUCAUCAGUCAUAGUAACAACAGACAGAAAACGGAUGCUGCCCUCCAGGGCCUCUCCCUGGGCAUAGAAGAGUACCAUCUUCCCCCUAGUUGCCUGGAGCGGUUCUUCAAUGAUGGAGUGGGACCAGGCCUCGGCCGUCUCCCAGAGCCUCUGAGGGUCCUUCCAGACUGGACCCUGCUGCCGUUGAUGAAAGGUAGACUUCCCUCCUGCAUGGUAGACGUGCUGCUGCUGGGGAGGGUGAUGCACGGUGCCCAGGUGGAAGAUCCCCGCUUGCCAUGUGGGAACAACACCUCUCGACCAGUACGACAGGUACUCUACGGGCUGCUGCUGAGUGGGAGGAGGGCAGACCACAGCAGUCAGAGACCCCCAGUGGAUGACGUGGAGGAGUAUUACAGGGAAGGCAAGAGCCUGACCAGCUGCAUGGUUGAAGCCGUCCUGCCCAAGGCUGCAGAACAGAUGCAGCUAGACACUCUGGAUCAGGCUCCAAGGUCAGUACAGCUUGAGGUGUUUUUGGAGACCCUUGGUGUGUCCCAGUCCACUUUGAGCGGUGUCCCCCCUCAUCUGCGUCUUCCUGUGGCUGUCACCUGCUACUGGCUGAGGCACGCCCAUCCCCCCCCAGAACUGCCUGUCCUGCAGGCCCUGCUACUAGGAUUGGUGUACGGAGAGCUCUGCAGACAGAGAAAGAGCCAAAGAGGGUUUAUGGAGGGGCCAGUGUUGGAGAGGCUGAGAGGGCUGAUUCAGAGAGGUAGAAGGAGCCUAGACCUGGGUGUGGCCCACGCCUACAGCCAGUGGCAGUGCUGCCUGAAAGAAAGCCUUGACCUGAACCAACUGCUGUGCUUCCCUCUAGCCGAGCCUCAGUGUGCCUGGCUGUACAAGGGCACUCUGGUGCACCAGCUUGUGACCAAACUGAGAGGGGGGUUAACCCCGGAUUCUCUCCUGAUUGGAGGCCCUUGCUCUGGGCAGCUGUAUAGGGCCAUGCUGGGAGCCAUACUCAACUCCCAUGAUGCUGCUGUCAUCCCCUUGGUGUCUGGGCAGCAGAGGGCCACACCUCCAUCCUUGACACAGCCACUGGACGACCUGACGGCCCAUCUACACAUUCUGGCUCUGGAAUAUGAUGAUGAUGAUGGUGCUGGAGGUGGGAGCAAGGCCAAGUCAGAGGACGAUCUGGGUUGGACUUUGGUCUCAGUGCGGACCCGGCACAAGAGCAAGGACAGAUUCAACCGAGCUAGGAAUCCAGAAUUCUCCCGGAAGCAGGAGCGGAUCGGCUGGGAAUAGAGAGGGACCAUUAUAUAACUGUUUAGUUAUAGAGACUUUCUGCUCAACUCUUUAAUCUUUCUAUUGUUCUUAUGUGUACCUUUUAUGACUUAAUUUACAUUUUAUUAGCAUGAAGUAUAAUAUAAGUUAUGAUAAGUUUCACUUUGUUUUAUUUUGGUCUUUGAAAAUAGCUAUUUA